AUGUCGUCAAGAAUUGCUUUAGUCUCCCUUUUCGCGGCCGUUUAUGGUCAGCAAGUUGGUACAUAUCAAACAGAAACUCAUCCCUCCCUCACUUGGCAAUCUUGCACAGCUAAAGGAUCUUGCACCACAAACACUGGAAGUAUUGUUCUCGAUGGAAACUGGCGAUGGACUCAUGGAGUAGGCACUUCGACAAAUUGUUACACAGGAAAUACUUGGGACGCAACAUUGUGCCCAGAUGAUGCCACUUGUGCAAAGAACUGUGCUCUUGAAGGUGCAGACUACUCUGGAACCUAUGGUAUCACAACCAGCGGAAAUUCUUUGAGAUUGAACUUCGUUACUCAAUCAUCAUCAAAGAACAUUGGAUCUCGAGUUUAUCUCUUAGCCGACAAUACCCACUAUAAGACGUUCAAUCUCUUGAAUCAGGAGUUCACAUUCGAUGUUGAUGUCUCUAAUCUACCUUGUGGAUUGAACGGUGCUGUUUACUUCGCCAACCUACCCGCUGAUGGAGGCAUUUCCUCAACCAACACGGCUGGUGCCAAGUAUGGCACCGGGUACUGCGACUCACAAUGUCCACGUGACAUGAAGUUCAUUAAUGGCCAGGCCAAUGUUGAUGGCUGGGUGCCUUCAAGCAACAACGCAAACACUGGUGUUGGUAAUCACGGUUCAUGCUGUGCUGAAAUGGAUAUCUGGGAAGCAAACUCGAUUUCCACUGCUGUCACUCCCCACUCUUGUGAUACUGUGACACCAACUGUCUGUACCGGUGAUGCAUGCGGCGGUACCUACUCAUCAUCAAGAUAUGCUGGUACUUGCGAUCCGGAUGGAUGUGAUUUCAACUCUUACCGCAUGGGUAACAAGACCUUUUAUGGUCCAGGUAUGACUGUCGACACCAAGUCUGUCUUUACUGUCGUCACCCAGUUCCUUACCACCGACGGCACAGCAUCUGGUACUCUCAAUGAAAUCAAACGUUUCUACGUCCAAAACGGCAAAGUUAUUCCCAACUCCUACUCCACCAUCUCAGGCGUAACCGGUAAUUCCAUCACAACUCCUUUCUGUGAUGCUCAAAAGACUGCUUUUGGUGAUCCAACAUCUUUUGCCGACCAUGGUGGUCUUGCUUCCAUGUCUGCUGCUUUCAAAGCCGGCAUGGUUCUCGUAUUGUCUCUUUGGGAUGAUUAUUAUGCUAAUAUGCUUUGGCUCGACUCUACAUACCCUACUACGCAAACAUCAGCAGGUGGUCCAAGAGGUACUUGCUCUACUUCAUCGGGAGUCCCAGCUUCGGUAGAAGCAAGUUCUCCCAAUGCUUAUGUAGUCUAUAGUAACAUCAAGGUCGGAGCUAUUAACUCCACUUACGGUUAA